AAUGUCAUCCAAGUAACAAGUAUAGAAUUAUAAACUGUCCAGAUGAUCAUGGUGAUUGUAUAACACUUGUCCCAAAAAGGUUAGAUAGAAAGCAAACUAGACAUUUUCCCUCAAAAGAAAAACCGCUAGACAUUAAUUUUCCAUGGCAGCUGUAACGUCCAAAGUGAGUUUGAAACUUAUGAUAGACACAGAAAGCCGCAGAGUGGUUUAUGCUGAAGCGGGCAAGGACUUCGUGGACUUCCUCUUUUACAUUGUUGCCCUGCCGGUCGGAACUUUCAUUCCACUUCUCAAUCAAGAAAUGGUGGGCAGCUUGGGAAACAUUUACGACAGCUUUGCAAAUUUAAGCACGACUUACCUUCGUCCAAACGUGAAUAAGGACUCUCUCCUGAGUCCCAAAGCAUACUACUGUGGUGCUACUGGACUCCCUCUCCAUGUGCCAAACGUUGAAUCGUCUAGGAAAGUGUAUAGGUGCUGCAGAAAUGUGACUCUUGACAGAAACGAAACCUGUUCGUGCGGGGCUACUAUGAACCAAGAGUCGAAAUAUACAGUACUACCAAGCGCAAACAAUCCCUACUCCAGUGAGGGAGAUUUUGUGAAAGGAAAGGUUAUAUACAUGGUGAUGGAUGAUCUGGCAGUGAAACCGUUGUCCACAGUUUCUAUUAUCGCACUGCUUAACAAGUUUAAUGUCAAGGAAAUAGGGGAUCUUGAGGAGAAAGUGGUCGAUUUGGGCAGGGAUGAGGUUGUGAAACUGCUCAAAGCUUCUCUGCUGACAAAGACUAUUCUCACUGAUGUCUUCCUCUCGGUUUUGAAAGAGGAAGUUAAUUGCCAACAGGAGGUAGAAGGAAAUUUUUAAUAUUAAAGUGCGCCAAUUCUGUCGGAUUGACAAGAAGUUAUAAAUAUUACUAUGUCGUUAGUCAAAACUGGUGUGGCAAUGUAGAGGCAUACAUGCUUGCUCUUCUUAAUUUUUUCCAUUUUUGGGGGAGUUGGGGGAGUGGGAGUGCUCUAUGUAAUUAAGUAAGUGUCUAUUUAUUAUCGCCGGAUAGAUGUACUUUCUAUUACUUAUCUUUGGCUAAGAGUUUUGGAGCGUUGUUACUAAUGAAGAUGUCUAUUAUUCAAAUUCUCAUGC